UCUACAAUGCCUUACAUGCAGGGCCAAGGGGUUUGAUAUUAUCAUUCUAUCACCUUAGCCAUUUUCGGGACCAGUACAGUAUUAUAAAAAAUUGUUAAAACACAUUCUAAAAAUGUUAUUUCAGUGGCAAAGCAAAAUAUUGAGCGAAUCUGUUUGUCAAAUUCAUUGUCUUGGAGGAGUUAAUAUCUGUCAUGUAAUUUGAAGUUUCAACACAUACAAUUUAACUGUAGAGUGCUUAUAAAACAUAAUGCAUGUUGUUCUUGGGUUAAUUUAUAACUGAAAAUUAUGUAAACUAUGUAACAACAAAGAUAAGAGUUUGUAUGAAAGGCCAAAACGAAGAUUUACAAUCAUCCAAAAUGCUGCCAGUCAUUAUUUUCGUAUUUUCUCUCAUUUUAUUGUGGAUUAUACAAAAGAAGGUUUUGAAACGAUUGGACAUUCCGGGUCCAAAAGGAGUGCCCAUUUUUGGUAAUGCCUUUGAACUCGAUCCUCAAACUCCGUAUGUCCAGUUACACAAAUGGAGUAAGAAAUAUGGCGGUGUUUUUAAAAUUCAAAUAUUCAAUGAAGAAAUCGUGGUGUUGAAUGAAAAUGAUGUUGUAAGAGAAGCCCUAUUAUUAGAGGAUUUUGCAGGACGACCGCAUUCAUGGAGACUCAACUUUCUUAUUCCUGGAGGUGAUAAAGACAUUGGAUUUCGAGAUUUGUCUCAAGGCUGGAAAAAAGUUAGAAAAAUUGCUCAUCGAGGCCUAAAGCAAUUUGGAGAUGGCAUGGACAGAAUUGCUUUAUUGGCAUCUGAUGAAAUCCAAGACUGUAUUAUGAGAUUCAAAAGUAAUGGUGAUACUCCCUUUGACCCCCGAGAAGAUGUUGUUAACUGCAUAGCAAAUAUCAUGUCUAGUCUGCUGGUUGGAGAACGCAUUGAUGAGAACUCAGAAGCCUUCCAUUCAGUGCAUUUCAUGGUAGAGAUCGGUAAAAGUAUUACACCAUCAGGACCAGGCGCUGAGCUCGACACGUUUCCUUGGCUCAGAUUCUUCGGAAACGAAACUUUCAAAACUUUAAAGGAAUUUGUUGUGAAGCG